GGAAUGUAAAGUUAGAAAGAUUUCAUAAUGGCGGACGACGGACACGUGAAAAGCAAAGAUUUGAAAGAUUUAAAGGUUGUUGAGCUUCGUAAAGAAUUGCAUGAGAGAGGAUUGAGUAUUACUGGCAAUAAAAGUGACUUAAUUUCUCGUUUGGAAGAACAUCUUUUAAAACAUGCAGAUGAAGGAGAAGAAAUCGAGGUUGAAGAAGGAGUAUUUGAUAGUGAGAUUGAAAACAUAACUACUGAUCUUGAACACGAUGACUUGACUGAAGAUACUUUUGAUGAGCAAGACAGUGGAAAUGAUUCAAAAAAUGAGCAAACUGAUGAAAAGUCUGAUGUACCAAGUGAAAACAUUCCUCCAGAUGAUGAUUUAUCAAAUGUUGAAGAUAGCUUAGAGCUGAUCAAAUCUGAUGAGCAGCCAAGAAAAACUCCAUUGACCUCCCUAAAAACAGAAAGUGAAAGAAAACUAGAUCGACAAAAAAGAUUUGCUAUUCCUCUUAAUGAAAAACAAAAGAAACUUGCCAGAGCUGAAAGAUUUGCCAUCAGUGGUAGCAAAACUGAAGGAAUAGUCAGGGAAUCAAGUCAAUUGGAAAAAUUAUCAAAACGAGCUGAGCGGUUUGGAGCUGUCUCUAAGGCUGUUGCUAAAACAGUUGAAGAGGAGAAGAUGAAAAAGAGAAAAGAAAGAUUUGGUGCUUUAACAUCAGCCUUACCAUCUGAUGUUGAGACAAGAAAGAAGAUGAGAAGUGAAAGAUUCAAGUCUUGAACAUUGUGCAAAUGACUAUGUUUUACUGCACAUUUAAAAUUCUUCAUUCAUAGACAUCCUAUAAAGUGUAUUUUUCAUAUAAGAUAAACAUAAUCUUACAAGAUGAAUCACAUUUAUCAAUCAUUGUUUAAAACAUUCAAGAUAUUCCUAUAGUUGUAAAAAACAGACGUGGUUGAAAUGCAUUUGUCAUGGAUUUGGCAAAAUUCAUUGUAAACAAUGUUACAAAUUAGUACCUUAUAACAAUAAUUUACAACUAGAAGACAAUAACUUUGCUCAUCACUGCAAGUUGUACAUAGAGUUGCUCAUUUUGAGAUUGUAAAUUCUGUCAAGUGUUAUUGGUAUAAACGGUACAGUUGAUACUA